AUGUCUGUGUCAGUAAUAAUAAAGUGGGGAGGGCAAGAGUAUGCCAUCAGCUCUUUGUGUGAGGAGGACACUGUGCUAGACUUGAAGCAGUCCAUCAAAUCUCUCACUGGAGUCCUGCCUGAACGACAGAAACUGCUGGGCUUGAAGGUUAAAGGAAAGGCAGCUGAUGAUGAAACUAAGCUAGGCAUGCUGAAGCUAAAACCCAACACUAAGAUUAUGAUGAUGGGCAGCAGAGAAGAAAGCCUGGAAGACGUCUUGGCGCCUCCUCCUGAAAGCGAUGACGUUGUCAACGACUUCGACAUAGAAGAGGAGGUGAUUGAAGUUCAAAACAGAGAGGAGAAUCUGGCUAAGAUUACUCGUAGAGUGAAGGACAACAAAGUGGAGGAGUUAAACCCACCAAGAGAAGGGAAGCGAUUACUCGUGCUGGAUGUCGAUUACACACUGUUUGAUCACAAGUCAUGUGCCGAGACGGGGCAGGAGCUCAUGAGGCCCUUCCUCCACGAGUUCCUCACAUCAGCGUACGAGGACUAUGAUAUUGUUAUUUGGUCCGCUACGAGUAUGAAGUGGAUCGAAGCCAAAAUGAAAGAGCUGGGUGUGACUGACAACCCCAACUACAAGAUCACCUUUAUGUUGGACAGUGCAGCCAUGAUCACUGUGCACACACCCAAAAGAGGGGUAGUAGAGGUAAAACCUCUGGGUGUGAUAUGGGGAAAGUACGGCGAGUUUUACAACAGAAAGAACACCAUCAUGUUUGAUGACAUCGGAAGGAACUUUCUCAUGAACCCGCAAAAUGGGUUAAAGAUUCGACCCUUUAUGAAGGCCCAUUUAAACCGAGAGAAGGAUAAGGAACUCCUGAAGCUCUCUCAUUACCUGAAAGAGAUCGCCAAGCUAGACGACUUUUUAGGACUCAAUCACAAGCACUGGGAACGGUAUCUCUCAAAGAAGCAAAGUCAGUGAAGCUCACAACACACCAGCAGCGUUCAUCCUCAAGAACAAGUGGUGCCGGACACCUUCAUGACCCCACCAACCAACAUCCAGCCAGGAUCGUCUUUCAUCUGGACACGCUCCAUCUUUUGCAGACAAUGACAUGGACUUAAUUCAUUCAUCUUUACAGUUACACAUUUUUGCAAAUAUGGUCCAGCAUCAACUGUAGCUAGCACAGACAUGGCAGUCUUCCUUCCUUCACUCCCAUC